AUGUCGAAUGGGUCAUUGAUUUUGCUGUUGUGGGCAUUUUGCUCAAGUGUGGCUGCCACGCCCACGACAUCAAUAGCGCAGCGUCGUGUACAGCUGCAGGAUGAUGUGCAGCUGUUGCAUCCGCAAAUCAUAACAAUUGAACGGUUGGAGAACUUACUCCGGCGCGCUGGGGAAAUAUUUGGUCCGGUAGCCCAGGUCGAAGAUUCUGCAUCGGCUGGUAGCCAGUUGGAACCCCAGAUUGAGAUGCAGGUGCAGCCACAGCAGUACAUGUUGCCGCCCACAGAUCAACCGUACAACUUCUACUUGCCACUCUACGAUUACGUGGAUCCAAAGCUUGACGCCAAGAGCCGACACAUGGAGAAAAUUGCACCACCACCGCAACGAUUGCAACAGGAGCGGAAUUAUUACGCCGACAAGCCAAAGAAGACGCCGAAAAAGUUCAAUGCGGCCUCCAAGCACAUUAACCUUAAGUGGCUCAAUUCAUACGAGAAGGCAAUGGGCGGCGCUCCACCCAAGGCUCUCUAUUUGGAGCAGGAUGAGCGCAAUCGCAUCAACUUUGAUGACUCUUUCUUUGCUGUUGAUAUGCACGUGAAGACGCCUGGCAAUCAACCGCAUCAGGAGUCGAGCGCUGUGCCCGCCGAGUUGGUGCAGCAUGGCGAACAGCUAGCCGAGGAUGAUCUUAUGGCCGCGCCUGCCCAGCUCACAUACAACUACAAGCCAGCUGGAACUGUGAAUCAGCAUCCUUAGCGAUGCACUGCG